AAUCCUUCAUCGCAUAAUAUUCUUGUAGUCUAACUAACUAACUAGCCUGUAUCAGUAUCAGAAAUCUAGUGAGAAGAGGAGGCCGAUUAAGUUGCGAUCGAUCUCUAACAAAUUGCAGCUAUGGGGAAGGAGUGCCUGCCUACGGUUGCCAUGGUGCUAGUGCAGCUAGGGUUUGCAGGUAUGAACGUGCUGUCCAAGCUGGCCUUGGACACCGGCAUGAGCCCCUACGUGCUGAUUGCCUACCGUAAUCUCAUCGCUGGCAUGUUCCUUGCUCCCGGCGCUUACUACUUUGAAAGGAGAAGUGGGAUGGUGAUCACCAAGCAAGUACUAAUCCAGAUAUUCUUCUCCUCUAUUUUCGGCGCGACGCUGAACCAGGUGUUGUACUUCGUGGGGCUGAAGUCCACAACGCCGACUGUGGCGUGCGCCCUCAGCAACACACUUCCGGCGUUAACCUUCGUCAUGGCGGCCAUACUCAAGAUGGAGACGGUGAGGCUCAGGACGUCCUCCGGGAAGGCUAAGGUUUUGGGCACUGUCGUGUGUGUCGGCGGUUCCAUGGUUAUGCCCUUCUACAAGGGUCCGCUACUAAAGGUCUGGGUAUCCCCGAUGCACUGGCGCUACGCCGAGCACACGAUUGACGCGACAGCGACUCCCAGCGGCAACGCUGCCAUCGUUGGUGACGUCCUGAUCAUCCUCAGCUGCGUCGCCUGGGCCGUUUGGUUCAUCCUACAGAGUAAGAUGUCAGAGAGGUUCUCAGCGCCCUACACAAGCACGACGAUCAUGUCCCUGAUGGCCGGGGUGCAGUGCGCAGGCGUCAGCGCAGUCAUUGACCGGAGCGUGUCAGCAUGGAAGCUCGGGUUUGACAUCAGGCUAUACGCCGCUCUCUACGUCGGGGUGGUUGGAUCGGGGAUCGCGUUUGCGGUCAUGUCGUGGUGCAUCCAAUCCCGCGGCCCGCUCUUCGUGUCCAUGUUCAGCCCGCUGAUGCUCGUGGUCGUCGCCGUGGUCGGCUGGGCCAUCCUCGAGGAGAAGAUACACCUCGGAAGUGCCAUCGGUUCUUCCCUCAUUGUCGCUGGGUUGUACCUGGUGCUUUGGGGCAAGGGGAGGGAGAUGAGCGGACAGGCUGACCUCGGCGAUGAUGGCGAUGGCGUUGCUCCCGAGACCAUGAUUGUCCUGGAGCUCAACUGCAAGGACACCAGGACUGGGAACGCCGCCGUCUUGCCGGUGUUCGAUACUACCAGUCCCAAGCACCAACUUGAGACGACCCCAAACGGCACCAACUGAUAGAUGCUGGUGCCCACACAAGCGCAAGGCACAUGGAUUGCGCAUCAUACAUAUGUCAUCGUCAGUUGCACCUGCAAGUGAAGUUGAGCUACAGCUCAACAGAACGCGCCCGCCCACGCAACAAAAGAGAAGAGAAAUUAGAGCAACCGACAUCAUCAAAGUUCGAAAUGUACUACUCGUCCGUCUUGAUGUAUAAGUCAUUUUACGAAAAUCAAAUAGUCAUAAAACACUUAGGCACGGUGCAUUAACUUUCAUCUCAUUUCUUAUUUUUUGACAUAAAUAAAGGAAUCAACAGUAAGACACGUGGGACAUGUUUAUUUUUUAAUGAUUUAAGACUAACUAGCACGACAUGCAGUGGUCAAGUCAUUAGAUGC